GCAGAAGCCGUUUCGAGCCGAAAAUAAAAGCGUCAAGCGCUCUCCUCCAGUGCAGCAGCAGCAGCAGACCCAGCCAGUAGCCAGCUACCUCCCAGAUUCAGUUUCCAGUUCGAACUACACUCGAAUCUCAAAAAUGACCACCUACUUCAACUACCCCAGCAAGGAGCUGCAGGAUGAGCUCAAGAAGAUCGCUCAGGCCAUCGUUGCCCCCGGCAAGGGUAUUCUGGCCGCUGACGAGUCCGUCGCCACCAUGGGCAAGCGCCUGCAGGACAUCGGCGUGGAGAACACCGAGGACAACCGUCGCGCCUACCGUCAGCUGCUCUUCUGCUCGGACGACAAGCUCGCCGAUAACAUUUCUGGCGUUAUUCUGUUCCACGAGACCCUCUACCAGAAGACCGAUGACGGCACUCCCUUCCCCGAGGUCCUGAAGAAGAAGGGCAUCAUUCCCGGAAUCAAGGUCGACAAGGGUGUUGUCCCACUGUUCGGCUCUGAGGACGAGGUCACCACCCAGGGCCUCGAUGACUUGGCCGCUCGUUGCGCCCAGUACAAGAAGGACGGUUGUGACUUCGCCAAGUGGCGUUGCGUGCUGAAGAUCGGCAAGAACACCCCCUCUUACCAGUCGAUCCUGGAGAACGCCAACGUUCUGGCCCGUUAUGCUUCCAUCUGCCAGUCGCAGCGCAUCGUGCCCAUUGUGGAGCCUGAGGUUCUGCCCGAUGGUGAUCACGAUCUGGACCGCGCCCAGAAGGUCACUGAGACCGUUCUGGCUGCCGUCUACAAGGCCCUGAACGAUCACCACGUCUACCUGGAGGGUACUCUCCUGAAGCCCAACAUGGUCACUGCCGGACAGAGCGCCAAGAAGAACACCCCCGAGGAGAUCGGUCUGGCUACCGUCCUGGCUCUGCGCCGCACCGUUCCCGCCGCCGUUACUGGUGUGACCUUCCUGUCUGGUGGUCAGUCUGAGGAGGAGGCCUCCGUCAACCUGAGCGCCAUCAACAAUGUUCCUCUGGGCCGCCCAUGGGCCCUUACCUUCUCCUACGGUCGUGCCCUGCAGGCCUCCGUGCUGCGCGCAUGGGGCGGCAAGAAGGAGAACAUCGCUGCCGGUCAGGCUGAGCUUCUUAAGCGCGCGAAGGCCAACGGUGAUGCCUCCCUCGGCAAGUACCAGGCCGGCAGCGCUGGCUCUGGAUCCGGCUCCCUGUUCGUGGCCAACCACGCCUACUAAGAGGCUGGAAGAGCUACGCACACGCAACUCCCCAACAAUUGUCUAUCUAUGAAGCAAAUUGCUUGAAACUUGAUUUUUGGCUAAUUUGUUUCUAUUUAUCUUAGUUUCGAGAGCUAAGCAAAGCAAGCAUAAAAAAAUGAAAAAAAAAAAAUUACACUUCACAAAAAAUAUUAAUUACUCUUAGAUUUGACAAAAACAAUGAUAAUGAAAAUGAAAAUGAAAAUGAAUGGAAAAAUAUGUUCAAUGGAAGCCAAUUUUUAUUUUUAGUUCUAAGCACAAGAAACAAUAAUUGUUGAUGUUACACAAGUUCUUUUUUAUUAUUAUUAUUAUUAUGAUUAAGCGAUUUCAAUACAAGAAGUCAUUUCGUAGAUCAAAAAUAUAUAAAUUGUGGAUUUUACAGCAAUCCCUACAGGCAUAAACCCAGAACACAAUUGAAAUCGCGCCAGCUUUUUUAAACUUUUAAUGUUUACUUGAAGAGUUAUAUAAAAAAAAGGUCGAUGUUAUUAUCUUUAUUAUUAUUAUUAUUAUUAUUAAACAUUAUAUUUAUGAUUAAUAAGAUAAGUAUACCCAGAAAAAAAUGACGCAAAUAAAUAUACCCAAUACAAAACAACCGAAACAAACCCCAAGAACAACUCAAUAAUCUUAAAACUCAUAUGUUAUCAUAAAACAUGAAUUGUUGUUACAAAGAAAAACUAACACAAAAAAAAUGAAUAACUAUAAAGAUUAUAGAAACUUUUAAAGCUGGACUGGAAUCUCCAGUUGCUUGAAAACUGUGCUGGGGCACAUUGUCGGCUAUUCGGGGGCUCGAUUAUAUUUCUGAGAUCCUCGGAUGGCGCCGAAGAAUAACAAAAACAUAAUUGCCAUUCUUAUCACAGCAAUGUAAUUUGAAUUGAAUGGCUUAACAAUCAUAUAUAUUUAUCAAAGCAUGUUUUUAUUUACAUAUGUAUGUGUUAUUCAAGUUGCAAUUUCUGCAUAUCGUUGUUAAAUAAAUAAAGUUUGAAGUGCAAGCUGAA